CAUCGACCGUGUCCUCAGCAUCAACCGGGUAAGGGAAGGUAAUGGUCAAGUUUCUUGUGACGGAACGACAGUUGUCCGUACUUCACAGUUACAGCAAGCGAGCUGAAUCUACGUCGGGCUGGAAGUGACAACGGUUCACGACUUGACACAUGUGCAGCAGCUAAGGUCAGCACUAAGGUUCAACUUGGGCUGAUUUCAACCACAAAACCAGAUGGCGCUGGACUUUAUAGCAGGAUGCUUAGGAGGUUGUGCGGGUGUUGCAGUUGGACAUCCAUUUGACACUCUGAAAGUGAAACUUCAAACACAAGACUUCAGAAACCCAGUAUAUCGCGGAACUUGGGACUGUUUCACGAAAAUAUUGCAGACAGAAUCGUUGGCGGGGUUUUACCGAGGAGUUUGGUCACCUAUGGGUGGAGUGGCUCUGGUCAACGCUAUUGUGUUUGGAGUAUAUGGAAACCUCCAGCGGGGCCUCUUGGACCCAGAGUCUCUGCGAUCACAGUUUCUGGCGGGGGGCAUAGCUGGACUAGCACAGAGUGUCGUAUCCAGCCCUGUGGAACUUGUAAAAACCAGGAUGCAGACCAGUUCGUCCUACCACGGAACAGUGGAUUGCUUCAUGAGCAUUUUGAGAAGUGAAAGAAUCAAUGGAGUGUUCAAAGGUCUGUCUGUGACGGCUGCCAGGGAGUUUUUGGGUUACGGAUUUUACUUCUCAACAUAUGAAUUUUUGACGAGAGCUUCGCCAGUUCCCAUUGGAACUCCAACAAUGCUUUUGGCAGGAGGAAUAAGCGGAACCGUGUCCUGGGUCAUGACAUAUCCUCUGGACGUUGUGAAAACAAGGUUCCAGGCAGACAUUGGGAGGUACUCUGGGCUGGUAGAUUGUUUAAAAAAGUCUAUCGCAAACGAAGGAUUAUCUUGCCUCUCUCGAGGGUUAAUGCCAACAAUCUUUCGAGCCUUUCCAACAAACGCAGUAACAUUUACAGUCGUUACUUGGGUGAUGAGGUAUGCCAAUGUCUCUACCGACGGAUCAACAAAUGUCUCAAGUAUAGUGGAUUCUGUCGUGGAAACAAUACCUAAAGAAAAGCAUGUAAUCAACACGAUGCUAGACGAACAUUUGCUCAAGUUCAACUGGCCGUACAAAAUAAAAGCGCAAAGAUAUUUCCUGAUGUCUGAAGAUUUAUGGGUGGGUGAUGAACUCUUUAAUGAAACCGUAAACACUAAUUUACCUGUUAUUAAUACUGAUGCAAAAUUAGAUGCUGACCUGUUAGCUGCUGAACAAAAAAUGAUUAUUGAUUUGGCUCAAGAAUUACAAGGAAACGAUUAUGAUGCUUACUUAAAGACUGCCCAAAGAAAAGAAGAGUAUAAAGAAAACAAUAGAUGACAAAGUGUUUAUUAUUUGUACACUAUUGUGUAUAGUUAUAGGGCUAUUUUGUGUGUGUUUUCAAGUAAAAAGCUACUGAUUUUUUCCAAGGAGUAAGAUUGUAUGUUUUGAGAUAGGUAUGGAAAUUUACAUUGUUGGUAAGAAACAGUAGCAUUUUCAGCAUGGAAACAUUCACAUGUUGAAUGGCUUUUAGGUAAAAUUAUUCUUAAAUUAUGGUUCCUUAGAGUAGCGUAAAAAUUACACAACUACCAAACAAAUCUUAACUCCUUACUUUCUGUCUUAUAUCCAUAUGGCCAUAGGAUAAUAAUUCCAAAGGGGCAUCCAAAAGUCAAUAUGGUACAAUAUCUGUGAUUUAUACAAAGUAAUGUAAAUAAAUAUAUAUAAUUUUGUUUACACUAUCUUCUUAAACCUUUUCCCACAUACAAUAGAUUAAU